AUGUGUUUCAGCGGAGUUGAUUUAAAAUCAGAAGGUGAAUGUCCUAAAGUAUGUGCCUGUCAGAGAAUAUAUCAACCCGUCUGUGGUAGCGAUGGUAAAACAUAUGAUAAUCAGUGUGAAAUGAACUGCUCGUGAGAAAUUUUUAAAAUUUAUCAACCAGUUUGUGGUGCUGAUGGUAAAACGUGUGGUAAUAAAUGUGAAUUGACCUGUGCGUAA